AUGGCGACCGUGGAGAUGAGCCCCAAGUCCACCCAUAUUCCUUCGGGACAUGAGGUUAAGCGCCCUAGAGGCAUUUUAAAAAACUCAUACACCAAAUCGCCACCUCCCGAGUCCCCGAUUAAGGAGCAAGACUUGUCGGAGAAGGAGCUUACCAUCAUCAACACACAAACAAACGCCGGCCAUCGACGUUCUUCUAGUGCCGCCAGCCGUGCCCCAGGCUCACGUCGCCAAUCGACACGCGCCACCUCUUACGAUCCCAGCCACGCACUCGAUAACAAUCAGCGCUUGAAGUGGGAUGAGGCGAACCUCUACUUGACAGAGCAGGAGCGCACUGCUACCAUGAAGAUUACUGAGCCGAAGACUCCCUACGCUCGUCACUAUGAGCCGUCGGAAGAUGAGGACGAUGAGAUGCUUGAUGGUGAAAACUCGCGUAAGGAGGAGAUUACCGAGCUAUCUCUUGGAGAACCCGAAGAGGAUGUCCCCGAAGGAGAAUUUGGGAUCGGGCGCAAACAAAGCAAGGUCCAUGUUAACGACGAGGACGCAACGCCGAUCCAUGAUGCAGAAAACGAAUAUAUUGGCUUGAGCCCUGAAGAGCGUGAGAAGCACCGCAAGUUCGAGCAGCUACGGAAGAAGCACUACGAAAUGAAGGAUGUUGCUAAGUUUCUCGGCCAUCCCGAGAACCUCGAUGAGCUCGAAGAUGAAGAAGAGGUGCCGCCGAUGCCCACUAUCAACGGUGCCAUGGUCAAGGCAGGCGACUAG